UUGUCCCCGACGAACCCAUUUUCCCACCAUGGCUUCCAGUUCUCAGGCUGCCGGAGACGGCGGUGGCGGAAGAUCCGGGGGAAAAAUAGUGAAACGUAGGCGAACUGCCGCCAGAAAGACUCCAUAUGACCGCCCCACUCCGCCUCUGCAACCAGAAAGCCCUAAUUGGUUCAAUGGACUUGUUUCCCCUGCUAAAUUUGUUGUUGGUGGUGCUACUAAACUUCUUUCAUCAAUUUGGAACCCCAAGGGCUGGGGCUCGCAUUCCUCUUCUUCAGACAGCGAUUCUGAUUCAGAAGGCAUUAUAGGAGAUGAUUAUGAAGAUAACGAGAACCUCUCUGAUGUGGGAGGUGGGUUGAAUCAGAAGAAAGGCAGUUCGCCGGGGAAGAGUGAGAUUUUGUAUUUAGUUGAGCAACUACUUAUGCUCGAAAGUUUUUCAAGGGAAGAGUGUGAUAGACUAAUAGGGAUUAUCAAUUCACGAGUUGUUGAAUGUACCAUGAGAGAUGGAACGGAUGUUGAAUUAAAGAAUCCAGAUACUUGCAACCAAGCUAUCAUGGAAGCAAGAAAACUGAUUACGCAAAACUUGGUUGGAUCGAGUUCAAAGUCAGACCUGGACAGCAUCCAUGGCUCCAAAGCUCUAGUGACGCCAAAUAUUGCCAAAGGUGAAGCAGGCUCACCGGUGGAUGUGGCCAAAUCAUAUAUGCAGGCUCGUUCUCCAUGGGUAUCUCCUAUAAGUCAUAGUGUUCCACCAACUCCAUCACCUUUACCAGCAGAUUUGUUGAACAAAGGAACUCCAUAUUCUUCAGUUGGUGCAUAUUCUUACUCAUUGGCAAAGAGGGAUUAUCUUUCUGCUGGAUCAUGGAACAUUCAGGAGGAAGUACGGCGGUUGCGUUCCAAGGCAACAGAAGAUGUGCUAAGCAGACAUCAAUCCCCAAAACUUGCAGUAGAACAUGAUUUUUCAGCAAGUUCUUUGGCAAAUGACAAGGCUGUAGGGUUAUUUAAGCCAAGCGAGCCAUUCUCUUUAGAAGCACCAAAACCAGAGGAAGAAACCGUGAACCUGGCUGCAGAUGGGGGUUCUCUGGGCUUCACCGAUACAAGGGCUACUGGAGAUGUUUUCGAAGCCUUGUCAUCCCUUCCGACAAUUGAGGAGCAAAAUCAGAUACCAGAGGACCAAGAUGCUGCCCCUAAUCAUUCUCAUCACCAUGUUCAUCCAAACAGCGAACAAAACCUUGGGCUGUCUGAUGACGUGAACCGUGUGAAUGAAGGGAUUUGUGAUCUGAUUACCGAAUCUAGAGAGGUGCCGGAUGUGAACGUGAAUGGUUCUCAGGGCAGCUCUAACACCAAUGAUACCAUUCCUUCUACUAAAAAGACCACCGAUAGUCCAACAACACGAUCAGUGACAAGAAGCAGGAGAUACAACAGAAGAGGUAGGAGUCAGGCCAAAUGACCCAUUCAUGUUGGCAUUGCUUGUAACUUAGUUAACUAAACAAAUCUUCCUACCACUUUUUUAGGGUUUAUUUAUUCAGAAUUAACGGACGUAAAUCUUAAUGUAUUGUUUGUAGUCUAAUUGUGGGGAUCAAGUGCAGAAACAGGGGAUUUUGUUAAGUUUUAGGCUAGGGUUUAUGUACUUGUAUUUAAACUAAUCUACUAUCUGAUCAUGUGUAAUUCAGUAGCAUACUGUUAAGUAGAAUUGUAAUAUGUAAUGCAACUCAAACAUUGUAGCUGCUUCUGACUCUUGUGCUGAUGAGUUUAAAUUAAUAACAAGUUA